AUUUGUCUUCUGCUCUUCGCCGGACCUUUCAUCUGACCCGCUCACCCGCAUCUUUCCUGUGUUUGCGUCGUCGAACCCCCGCUGCAAUUGGGCUCAAGUCGUUUUGUGUUCCCCCCCGUGUCCGCGCCACCAUGGCCGAGAGGCCUUCGACGCCGCCUCGGGCAGCACAUUCUGGCGACCUCCCGCCGAAUCCCCUGACGCCGGAGCAAGUGCGCAGGACUGAAGAGGCGCGCCUCCGCGCCAAAGCUCGCCGCGCGCAGCACGACGCCGAGCGACCGCCCCCGCUGCAGGCUGGCCAAAAGCGCCCGCACUCGCUCAUCUCGGGCGCGAAGGCGACGCCGGACAACGUGCGGAACGCGGCGAUGCAGGCGCCCGCGAACGACGCGCCGAUCCGGCCGGCGAAGAAGUUCGAGAAGAACGCGUACAUCGAGUAUGACUUCAGCAAGAUGACGGACACCAAGGGCGGCUUCCUCUCCGAUCUGGACGACCCGGACCGGGCGCGGCAGCGCGAGGGCGGCCCGGACCCGCUGGCGGGCAAGCCGGUGGGCAUGACGGCGAAGGAGUGGGAGCGGACGCAGCUGCUCAAGAAGCUGCGGGCGGCGCGGGCGGGGCCGUUCGAGCCCGGGAUCUCGGUGCUGGAGAAGGAGAGGGAGAAGGUGUGCCGCGAGUGCGGCAGCCUCGAGAUCGACUUCCAGUGGGCGGACAUCUUCGGGUGCUGCGUGUGCCACGCGUGCAAGGACAAGUACCCGGACCGGUACUCGUUGCUGACCAAGACGGAGGCGCGCGAGGACUACCUGCUGACGAACCCGGAGCUGGAAGACAAGGAGCUGCUGCCGCGCAUGGAGAAGCCGAACCCGCACAAGAGCCACUGGAGCACCAUGCAGCUGUACCUACGCUACCAGGUCGAGGACUUCGCCUUCUCCGACAAGAAGUGGGGCUCGCCCGCCGCGCUGGACGCGGAGUUCGAGCGCCGAGAGGCCGCCAGGAAGGCGAAGAAGGAGGCCAAGUUCCGCACCAAGCUGAACGAGCUGAAGAAGAGGACGAGGGUGGACGCGUUCGAGCGCAGCGUCGCGAGGCGCAACGGCGAGGACGCGGGCGCCGAUGUUAAGUUUGGCGACAAGAUCGUGCGCAAGGGGGACCGACACGAGCACGAGUGGGGGAACACGGUCGAAGACCCCGAGACAGGCAUCGGCGUCAAGAGAUGUAUCGAGUGUGGGAUGCAGUGCGAGGAAAUCGAGUUGUGAACAUCAUCCUACAAUACUGAACUAUAGCACACCUGUAGCAAGCAAGAAGAAAGUAAAACCAUUUUUUUGGUGGUAUCUGUCACUGCAUCUG